GCAGAUCCGUGCUUCUCUGCAAUACCAGAAACACCUGGAUUGAUUGAUUAACCGCCCCCCCCAAAUGUCGCCCAUGGCAUUCUUCUUCGAGGACAUGGAGCCUCUACUCUACUUCAAAAGAUUUGGUGGUAGAUUCCACGUUUUAUCAGAAACUCUGUCACAGUUUGUUUCGGAAUCCACGUCUACAACGAGCUGUGGGGGCAUUGUAUCCGACGAUUGCCGGAACGAUUCAGAAGCGUUGGUUCUUAAAAUAGUUGCUAUUGCCGCAAUUCUUACGGCUGGUGUUGUAGGUGUCGCAAUUCCCCUCGUCGGAAAGAAACGUAAGUUCUUACGAACCGAUGGGAACUUAUUCGUAGCCGCGAAGGCCUUAGCGGCGGGAGUGAUUCUGGCGACUGGAUUCGUUCACAUGCUCCCCGACGGUUCGUCUGCUCUCUCUGACCCUUGUUUGCCUGAGUAUCCAUGGUCGCAUUUCCCGUUCGCUGGAUUUAUCGCCAUGAUGGCUUCGCUGGCCACGCUCAUGUUUGAUUUCGCCGGAACUCAGUUUUACGAGAGCAAACAGGAGAACAAACGAACGGACGAUGAGGUCGGGGUGGCUGAAGGCUCGUCGGGCUCGUUAUCGGGUGUAGGAAUCGUUUCGGUGGCGGAACGGGCGGAGAAGGAAACCAAUGGGAAGGUGUUUGGAGAAGAGGAGGGUGGAGGAAUGCACAUCGUGGGGAUCCACGCGCACGCGGCGCACCAUAGGCACAACCACCCGCAUGGGCCGCACGAGUGCGAGGGGCACGGAGGUGGAGAGGGCUUACACGUGCACUCGCAUUCGCACGGGUUUGGGGACAGCGACGAAGAGGAAGGUGGUGUUAGACAUGUCGUCGUUUCACAGGUACUGGAGUUCGGGAUUGUAUCGCACUCGGUGAUAAUCGGGUUGUCGCUGGGGGUAUCGCAGAGCCCAUGCACCAUAAGGCCAUUGAUAGCGGCGUUGUCGUUUCAUCAGCUAUUUGAAGGGUUUGCGUUGGGAGGUUGCAUCUCGCAGGCACGGUUCAAGACGAUGUCUGCUACGCUAAUGGCAUGCUUCUUCGCCAUAACGACCCCUGCGGGGAUUACUGUGGGGUUGGGGGUGGUGACUUCUUACAACCCAAACAGUCCCAGGGCGUUGGUGGUGGAGGGAAUUCUGGAUUCUAUAUCUGCGGGGAUCCUGGUUUACAUGGCUUUGGUCGAUCUCAUCGCUGCUGACUUCCUCAGUAAGAGGAUGAGAUGUAACUUCCGUCUCCAGGUCGUCUCCUACUUUGCCCUUUUCCUCGGCGCUUUAUUGAUGUCUUCUCUUGCCAUCUGGGCUUGAAUCCUUGAUCCCAUCUUCACCCUUUUUUAACUCUCCC